CGCCUGCAGGCUCAGCUUCACUGACACAGAAUGCUCAGAUGCCGAGGGACAUCAAGCUGAGAAUGUCUUCCACUUCAAAUGCCUCCGGUGCCUGUGGACCUGGUCAGAGUGGAUAUAUUAAAGAGUCGUGCUUAAUCUCUCCCUUGGGUCGAAACCUCUCAGACGCGUCUGCGACAGUUACUCAUCAGGGACCCAGCCGGGAAAGGUUGAUUCCUCUUACCCCUGAUGUCCGACUGAAAGUGGAAACUCUGGAAAUGGCGCUACAUUUUCUUGGCAUAAGCCCAACAGAGGAACAGAAGCGUUUAUUAAGGUCCCGUGUACAGAUGGAUGCCAAUGGAACAGUGUCCUAUGGAGACUUUGUCCGAGUAAGCAAAGAGAUGUUUAACCUUCAGCUAGAGGACAAAGACUUGGAGCACCUAUUGAAAAUGAAUGAAGGCACACAUUUAUUGGACCUAGUCACAAACCAGAUGCAGUCAUGUGAUCUCUCAGAAAAGGAUGACAUUAACAAAUUGAAGCGAGAGAGAGACAAGGCACAUGCCCAGUUAAAAGCACUGAAGGAACAACUCUUAGAAUCUGACAAACAGAACAGUCAGCUUUCUGCCGAGCUUACGAGCGUAAAACAGGAAGCUAAAGCCGCCAUUGAGGAAACGAGAGCCCUGCGUAGCAGAAUCCACCUGGCUGAAGUGGCGCAGAGACAAGCGCGAGGCGUGGAGAUGGACUAUGAAGAAGUCAUCCGCCUCCUGGAAGGUGAAAUAACGGAGUUGAAAGCCCAGCUUGCUGAACACUCCGGCCAAAGUAAAGACAAUGUGCAAGAUUUAAAGCGCAGGAUCACUGUCCUUGACUGUCAGCUGCGCAAAUCAGAGAUGACACGCAAAACCUUCGAAGUAUCCACAGAAAAACUGCUGCAGUUUGUAGAGAACAUUCACGAGGUUCUCUCCGAUGAUCAAGGUUCUACAUUAAAUCUAUGUGAACGAAUCCCCACAAUCUCUCAUCUACCAAGAUUGGGAAAAUCUAGACUUGGCAUAACAGCAGCCAUUGCAACAGAAGCUAAAGAACUCUCGCGAUCUGUCCGUUCCAUCGUAGAAGUGGAC